AUGGCGCACGUAGGCAAACUGCCCCAGCUCCACCGCUAUAUCACGACCCAUAACGAGGAGGGCAAAGCGGUCUUCUCUGAUGCCAUAUCGGAGGAAAGCCGCAUGGGCGAGCUGCCAGACGGCAUGGCCUUUGCCCUUAGCUACACCUCGCAAGGCUUCCCCGUCGACAUCAACGACGACGCCGACAUCCGCAAUUAUCAGGGCUUCCUCGAGAGCGCACCAGGCCUGGUGAUAUCAAACGGCACUGUCCUGCGUCACGUCGAUCUGGCGCCCGACACAACGACCGCCAUGCACCGAACGCAGAGCCUCGAUUAUGGCAUCUGCCUCGAGGGCGAGCUCGAGCUGAUCUUGGACAGCGGAGAGGCGCGAACCUUGAAGAAGGGCGAUGUUGCGAUUCAGCGAGGGACGAUGCACGCAUGGCGCAAUACGAGCAAGACGGAGUGGGCGAGGAUCGUGUUUGUUCUGCAGCCCUGCAAGCCGGUCCAGGUGGGGGCCGGUAAAGCGCUGGAGGAGGAGUUUGAGACACCGAUGCACGGCGUCCGGGGAUCCACGUAG